AUGAAAGUCGGACGACGGCGCGCUCAGUUACUCCUGUUCUUCUUCGCUUCUAUCGCGACCACCAACGCAUUAGGCGGUGAUCUAUCCGCAACAGAUCCCGUCAAUCCAGGCACGUUAGGGGGUGCGGUUGGCGCGUCUGGAGGAGGAAGCACCCUCAAGGGGCCUCUGGUUGGAACAGAACAUGCACCGGUGGAUGGUAAAGAUGGCAUGCCCCACGACGGACCUUUUGUCGAGACAAGCGCAGAGCGAACGAGGAAGAAGCAGGGCGCCGAGGCAGGGGAGGACGAAGUCGUCGUAAAGGAAUCGUACAAAGACCACGGAGACCUGCCUCAGACGAAUGAUGCGGUCAUGGACGAUCGCAUCAAUUCGAAACCUGUCGAGGGGACGAGGGGAUUGGAAGGAGGCAUCUCCGAGAAAUCCAAGGAGGCGAAGAUGACGGAGAAGAAGCCCGAGUCUCCCAAAGAUGCCAGGCCGGUGCCUCAUAGCGAAGCAAGAGAUCCAGACGGGGCAGCAGGCCCUGCCUCGACGGAUGAAGAAACCAAGAAAACUCUAGCAGUCCCCGAAGACCUCCCCUCCAAGCCGCACGAUAUCCCUCACCCUGAAAACCCGUCCUCACCGAAAGACAAUAUCCUCUCGUCUGAGAGCCCGCAAACACCCAAGAGACCCAUCGAGCAUGAACCCGCCGUCAUUUCGCCCAUGCAUUCCUUGGUCCUCUCCUUCACGAUGAUCAUCUUCUCCGAGAUUGGCGACAAGACGUUCCUGGUCGCGGCGCUCAUGGCCAUGCGCCACCCUAGAGUGGUGGUGUUUACGGCCGCCUUUUCCGCUCUCAUAACGAUGACGGUUCUAUCUGCCGUGCUCGGGCACGCCGUGCCCACUCUAAUACCUGAAACCCUCACCAAAUUCGCAGCCGCGGGUCUCUUUCUGGUCUUUGGUGUGAAGAUGGUGAUGGAAGCCAGAGGAAAGUCGCCCGACGAAGGGGUUGGCGAAGAAAUGAAAGAAGUAGAGAUGGAACUCGAGGAGAAGGAACACCAGCAUGCACGACAAAUGUCGAGACACCGGAGACGGUCGAGCGCGAUAUCGCCCUACGCGCUGGAGGCCGGGCGUGGCGUUCCGGGGCGGAAGAACACGGACUCACGGCUUCCUUCACCGCCCGAGUCGCCCUCCUCGUCGCGCGAGGCGAGCCCAUCCCGAACGUCGAGCUUCAAGAAUGCCUUGGCCGGGAUUAACAACUUGUUCUCGUUACUGCUCAGCCCCGCCUGGGUGCAGACUUUCGUCAUGACCUUUCUGGGCGAAUGGGGCGACCGAUCGCAGAUAGCGACUAUUGCCAUGGCCGCGGGACAGGACUACUGGUGGGUUACAGCCGGCGCCCUGGUAGGGCAUGGCAUAUGUACCGGUGCUGCCGUGCUGGGCGGACGAGCUAUCGCCGGGAAGGUCAGCUUGAGGACUGUUACCAUGGGCGGCGCUAUUGCGUUUUUGGUCUUCGGCGUCAUUUAUUUGCUCGAGGCCGUGUACUGA